AACCUUGGGGCAUACUCUGAGGUUGAGUCAAGUUACUGGGAUGGGUCGGCUGCAGGCUGGAGGGCAACGUGGAACCCUGGCCAGUCUGUUGCUGUUGCUGAGAAGCCAGUUGCUGAGCCGACGACUGAAAGUACUGGGUCCAUGCAAGUCCACCUGCCCCUCUUGAACGGCUCGGUGCUCUCGAUCUUCACCACCUUGAACCUCUCGUUCCUGCCGUGCGAGUGUACCUCGCGCAGGUCCGCGUCCUGCUUGGCAUUGCUCGAGAGCAGGUUGAUGAUGUUGUUGUCAGUGACGGACGUGAUGUCCAGUGUGUUGAUAUUGCUGUCGUUUACCGAGUUGCUGACGUUGUUCCCCUCGGAGGGGACGAUCGCCAGGCCGUACUGGGAGCUGGUCGGGAUCACCGGGGCGGUGCUGAGCGCGGCGUUGCCCGCGUUGAAGAACACGUCCUCCUUGGAGAACGUGUCUUCCGAAACUGCGACAAGCAUGCUAAACACGAUGAAAACGAGCUUGAGAAGGAGCGUGCAACAUUCGAGUAGAAUUGUACAGCUUAACAAAAUCGAAAAUAAAACGUCAGUCUCGAAACCUUUGCCAGUUUUUCGAUAUUCAAUAAGUGACGAAAGAGAUCACAGAGUGUACGUCUGGGGUUUAGCGGAUCAUGGUGCUCUUGGUACUUUGAAAACAACAAUGUUCGACAAGGGCAUCUCUUAUAUUCCAAAACCAAAAAGAUUGGUUUUUGGAGAGAGACACGACGUAACGAAUAUAACAUGUGGUUAUGGUUUCACUGCUUUUGCCGUGAGAUCCAAGGAUAAGAAUAUUUUGUACGGAAGCGGGAUAAACACAGAUUCUCAGCUUGGUAAGAAAAGUCGUUUUGAACUUAUUUUUACUUACUCAAUUUCUGUCGAAUUACUACUCGACGCAAGGUCAAAGUCUAGUUUGUUUAAUGCGCCACUAGGUUUCAACGAAAUGGACAAAAGAUUUCCCAACAGCUUGAUAACCGAACCUAGACCCAUUAAUUUGCCAGUCAAAGAUUCUUCCGCUAAAGUGCUAGACAUGGCAGCUGGAAGAGCGCAUUUAUUGGUACUUACGAACGAAGGUUUGUUUACACUGGGAAACAAUGCAUAUGGACAAUGUGGUCGUCCUAUAAUACCGAAUGAGAAUUAUGAAAAGAGUAGGGUCAUUCAUCAUAUAUCUGACAUAAAGGAGAAAAAGGUCAAAGCCGUGACAGCUGGUCAAGAUCACAGCGUACUCUUGACAGAAUCUGGUGAAGUGUAUACCUUUGGUUGGGGUGCGGAUGGACAAACUGGAUUGGCACAUUAUCGAAAUGAGUACAGGCCAAGUUUGGUGAAAGGGGACUUGGCUGGGCAGCAUAUUAUAAAAAUUGCAUGCGUCGCAGACUGUGUACUAGCACUCAGCGAAGUAAGUAUUAAGGAAAUAUUAACGCGAUUUGAACCUUACGUGGUUACAGACAAAGGAACCGUAUUCGGUUGGGGCAAUUCCGAAUAUGCACAGUUAUUUAUGGAAGGUGAAAAUCAACAGGUAAACAUAGCCACAGAGUUAGACGUAUUGAAACAGUUAGGUCAUAUUGUAGAUAUUGCCAGUGGUGGCUGCUUUUGUAUGGUAUUAAACAAUACAGGUGAUGUUUAUGUAUGGGGUUAUGGUAUUCUUGGUCUUGGUCCCGAAGUUAAAAAAGUUUCACAACCAACGAAAAUUCCAUCUGUACUUUUCGGAAAUAAUGCAUAUCAGAAGAAUACAAAAGUGGUAAAGAUAUUUUGUGGCAUGAGUCAUCUUGCAGCCUUGACCAACAUGGGUGAUUUGUAUAUGUGGGGUUGUAAUAAAUUUGGAUCUUUAGGAUUAGGGGAUUUGAAAGACCAGUACUUUCCAUUGAAGGUAAAGUUUUCCAUUGUAUGAUGUUAUUAAAAGGUAGUAUUAUUACAAAGGGCAAUUUUUACAGGUCACUGUAGGAGCUCAAGUGAAAAAGGUUGCCUGUGGAAUAGAUCACACAAUUGCUCUUUGUAAACCUUUUAUUUGAAGCAUAGUUUCACGUUACAAGAGGUAUAUAUUAUUUAUUAUUAUAAAACUUGUGUAUAAAUUAUUAUUACAGUUUGUUGUAUAAAAAUAUUACACGUGUAAUUGAUUGAUUUUUAUAUUAUAUUAUAUAAAAUUUAAUUUUAUAGAUAAAUACUGA